AUGGAGUGUCAUGCAGCCGAAGAGAUGGAGCUCAGCAACGGGACCCUUCCUAGGGAAGGGGGUGAGACUGCUGUGAUGAUCAACUUGGGGACCGCAGAGACUUGUGACCCUGACAAGGCCUUUCUUUUGCGCACGCACAAACUACGCAAGCUGGCUAUAGCUAGCAUCAUCUGCGGUUGUUCCUGCAUUGGAGUCCUAGCCCUGAUCUAUGCAGUCAAGGCUAGGGAGAAGCAAAAAGCAAAUUCCCAUGACUCAGCCUACUGGGCUCAGAAGUCCCGGUGUAUGUCUAUGCUAAGUAUCGGUGUUUGGGUCUCUCUCCUCGUCAUGGUGCCCCUGUUAACCAUCCUCAUUUCCUAUAUCUUCUCUCAAGCCGAAUGA